AUGGAUGAUAAUCAGGCGCUACCCACUGUAAAUGCAGACCCCAAUAAAAUGGAAUCUAGCGUAAAUAAUGAGGUUAUGAACUCUGACACUAAACUAAAUGAAGAUUCUGAAACUGGGCAACUGUAUAAUGAUGAAGAUAAUAAGGAGGAUGGAGACGACCAAUCAAAGGGGGAAAAUAACGAAUUUUCAUAUGAAGAAAGCAAUACCAACGUGGACGCUAAUGAGCCUUAUAAUUCAAAUGAAUCUGAAGAAGAAUCGAAUGUAGAUGCUACAAAUAAUUCGGUAGCCGUAUCUUCUGAUGAGGAUAAUAACAAGAAUACAGAUAUAAAUGCUAAAGAAGUAUCACCAGUAAACAGUGAAGCUUCUUCUAGUAGUGAUGUGGAGAAAGAAAAAGAAGAUGAUGAUGAAGAUGAUGAUGAAGAUGAUGAUGAAGAUGAUGAUGACGAUGAUGAUGACGAUGAUGAUGACGACGAUGAUGAUGCUAAUGAUGAAGUUGAGAUAGAAAAUGAUAAUAAUGAUAACGACAAGCCUGUUUCUAAUGACAUGAGUCAGUCUGCCUCGCCUUCAAUCCCUAAUGAUAUGACUGAUAAUAAUUCACUCUCGACUGCACCUACCGAAUCAACUCCUGCAGCAACACCCUCUACUAAUCCAAAUUCUGAAUUAAUUGAAAAACAAAUUAAAUAUGUAAUGGAUAGUAAAAUGCUUACUUUACCAGAAUUUAAAUAUUUAACAGAUAAAGAAAAAGUUUCUGCAAUUUUAACCCUAAUCAACUCGAACCCAGAUACAUCCAUGCCAUUUGUUGCUUCUGAACAAGCCAAUAGUUAUGAUGAUACUACAGCUGAUAAAAGAGGAGUUAUUGGUGAUAAUGGUAAUUCAAAUUCUUCAUUGUCAUCCUCUAACCUCAAUACACCUGCUAAUCCAAAUAAAAAGCAAAAGCCAGCUAAGUAUGCAAAAACCGACUUAAGUCAACCAAUGAAUCAAGUUGAAAAGGAAAGAUACGCAAUUUAUUUAAGAGGGGAAAAUAAAAUUACCGAGAUGCACAACAUCCCUCCAAAAUCUAGAUUAUUUAUCGGUAAUCUUCCAUUGAAGAAUGUUUCUAAGGAAGACUUAUUCAGAAUUUUUUCUCCUUAUGGUUAUAUUUUGCAAAUUAACAUUAAAAAUGCAUAUGGGUUUAUUCAAUAUGAUAAUCCAACAAGUGUUAAAGAAGCCAUUGAAUGGGAAUCUGAUGAUUUAAAUUUUGGUAAAAAAUUAAUUUUAGAAGUCUCUAGUUCCAAUAGUAGACCACAAUUUGAUCAUGGUGAUCAUGGUACGAAUAGUAGCUCAACUUUUAUUUCCUCAACUAAAAGACCAUUUUACAAUGAAGAAGGCGAAAUGUAUGGUGAAAGUGCUAAAAAGACUAAACUUUUAGUUCCUGCAUGUGUUAUCUAUGUUAAAAGAGCUGUUGAUCGUGGAUAUGCUACAGAUGUCUUUAAUAGUUUUAGAAGAGGUACUGGGUUAGAAACUGAUAUGUUCUUUCUGAAACCAAAAAUGGAAUUGAAAAAAAUGAUCAAUAGUGCAGCUUAUGAUGGUGUUUGGGGUGUUAUAUUGAUUAAUAAGACACGUAAUGUUGACCUGCAGACAUUCUUUAAGACACCUCAAGGUGAUACCAAGUUUGAUGAAUACAUUGGUAUUUCGAUCGAUGAUGCUAUUAAUGUCUUUAAUAAUAUGAAAAAUCAAAGAAAUGGUGGCCAAGGGCAAUCUAUUCAAGAUGGACCUCAACAAAAAUUAGUAGGAUAUAUGCAAGCUCCACAGAUUCAAGGUCCACCACAGAUGCGUAUGAUAGAUAGUAGACGUGGACCUAUUCCACCACCACAACAACAGCAGCAACCCAUGCGUAAUCCUCAAAGUGGUUACUAUGGUAAUGGCAAUAACAACAGUUAUAAUGACUAUAAUGAUGAUUAUUAUAAUAACAGAUCUCAUAACAAUUCAGGAUAUGCUCCACCGGGACAACAGCAAUCAUCAUAUGGUGCUCUACCGCCACAUCAACAACAAGCUUAUGGUUUACCACCAUCUAACCAAAACUACAAUUCUGGUAAUAUGCAAUCACAAAUUCCACAAAUGUCUCGUUAUGAUAACUAUCAAGGAAGUGGUAGAGGAAUGGGGCAACCACAAGCAGCACCACCACAACAGCAGCAGCAGCAGCAGCCAACAUCAAUGGAUCAACAACAAUUAUUGUCCACUAUUCAAAACUUGCCACCUAGUGUUGUCUCUAAUCUACUAAGUAUGGCUCAACAACAACAAAGCCAACCACAGCCACAUGAUCAACAAAAGCUGUUGGAUAUGAUUCAAUCAAUGCAAUCUCAACAACAACCAGGUGGUAACGCUAUGAAUAUGAAUUAUAAUAGUACGGGCCCAAAUUCUCUUCCUGCGCAACCAUAUUCCAACUCACCUUAUCAACAAAAUACAAGUUUGAAUCAAUCGCUCCCACAAAAUACCAUGCAACAACAACCAAAUCAACAGAUACCUCAACAACCUCUACAACAGUCUCCUCCACCUGCUCAACAAGAAGCCAGUACCAACGUACAAAGUUUAUUGGAUAGCUUAGCUAAAUUGCAAAAGUAA